AUGGGCGGCGCGUGGCGGCGCGGCCGGCUCGAGCGCGCGGCGGCCGUGUGCGAGGCGUGCGGCCGCGGCGGCUGCGAGUGCUGGCGCGCCAGUGCGGCGCAGUGCACGUGCUCGCCGCGCGGCGGUUCGCGCCUGGCGGCGGGGCCUCGCGCGGGCCCCGUGCGCGCCCACUCGGACGACGAGGCCCGCCCCCGCCGCCUCUACAAGUCCGCCUCGCAGAGGGCCAUCUGUGCGCCGCCCGAGGAGCGCCCCAAGCCCCAAGCCAAGCCCGCCGAUCCCCUUCUCGAGACCACCUGC